UAAACGUGUUGUUUUGCCUCAUCCGCUAGUCAUUUUAGCAUCAAAGGGGAUAAGAAGCUAAGCUCCUGAUAAUCAGAACUGUAUUUGGAUAUGAAUAUAGCUUAAUUUUUUGUUGUUGUUGUUUCAGUCGUUCAAGUGACAAACUCGAAGACCCAACCGAAGAUGCAGUUCAUGCUGCUGUUCAGCCGGCAGGGAAAGCUGCGAUUACAAAAAUGGUAUGUUCCUCUCUCUGACAAGGAGAGGAAGAAGAUUUCCAGAGAUCUGGUUCAAACCAUCCUGGCUCGGAAGCCUAAGAUGUGCAGCUUCUUGGAGUGGAGGGACCUCAAGAUUGUCUACAAAAGAUAUGCCAGCCUCUACUUCUGCUGCGCAGUAGAGGAUCAAGAUAAUGAGCUGAUCACUCUGGAGAUUAUCCAUCGAUAUGUGGAGCUGCUGGACAAAUAUUUUGGCAGCGUCUGUGAGCUGGAUAUUAUCUUCAACUUUGAGAAGGCCUACUUUAUCCUGGAUGAGUUCUUGCUGGGUGGAGAAGCCCAAGAAACGUCCAAGAAAAAUGUCCUGAAGGCCAUUGAGCAGGCUGACCUGCUGCAGGAGGAGGCUGAGGCACCACGGAGCGUCUUAGAGGAAAUUGGUCUGACAUAGAUCCUGCUGCCUCUUCUUUCUCACAGAUGCAGAUCUGGCCAACUUUUUGUCUCUAUUGUCUCUUUUCCUGUUCGUGUCAGUGUUACGUGUAUUUAAUCACCAUAAAAGUACUGUAUUAUUAUUAUUAUGUACUUUGCUAUCCUGUAAUGUCUUUUCAGUGUGGUGCCAGCUGUGGCUUUAAUGUGUCUUCUGUGUACAAAAUCCCUCACUGUAUUCAGCAGUAUUUUGUGUGCAUCACUCCCACAACUUUCUGCACUCUGCAGAGAACAAUGUAGCACCAACAUGACCACUCUAAUAUUUUAUUCAGAAUCGUCAGAAGUUGUAGAGUUGGACGUAGUAUUUUGCUCAAAGUGCUGUCAGUGCCUCUCGUGUGUUACCAUUACCUCUAAAGUUAUUGCAACUUUUAGCUGUUCUCGAGGGAUCCUCACAUUGGUGCAUACUUACUUGUAGCUCUUUUUGCUACAACAAAAACAUGUAAUUUAUUUAGUUUUUAAAUUUAAAACAAAAUUAGAUAUAGCACUGGCAUUAAAAUUUGACUGAUUUAUAUAAAAAGCAAAAACAGGCAUCUUUGAUUGGAGAAAAUACCAACGACACAAAACUGGAUUCACCAGCUUCGGCUAAUGCUGUUGAGAGAAUUGCUGACACUGUUACAAUCAUCUUCAUACAUGGGUAGACAUAACCCAAAGAUGAAGUGAUAUUAAUAAACCCAUACCCAUCUUCA